GUUGGCUAAUCUGUGAGAACUGUGCAGGUUUCAGCAGUACCUCCCCCAUCAUCUUUUCUUUUCUUAAAUCCGAGGAAACAGACACGCAGUCCGAAUAUUAGAGGGUAAGAGAGCAGUUAUCGUCGACGCGGAGAGCUGCAGUUAACUGUAAUUCGUUAAUUUCAUCAAAUAGUUGUAUACCGAAGAAAUCCAUCGGAUUUUAUUUCCAACGGAAAAAAAACGGAUUCAUGUUGAAUGGAAAUGCCAGACAGAACAAUGAGGCGGCAAGUGUUGUUGUUUAUCUCAAUCCUUUCUCUCACAUCGGUGCUCUGUCAGGUCAGCUACUCCAUUCCUGAAGAAUUGUCAAAAGGCUCAUUAAUCGGUAACAUUGCUCAGGAUUUAGGUUUAGACAGAAAAAGACUAACAUUAGGCAAUGCUCGGAUUUUUACAGGAGACAGCGCAGAGUACAUUGAGCUGAACAGAGAACGAGGAGUCCUCCUUAUCAAGGAGAAAAUAGACAGAGAGACACUAUGUGGACAGACGACGCCCUGUGCUUUGCAUUUCCAGGUUAUUUUAGAAAGUCCGAUGGAAUUUUACACUGUUGCUGUCGAAAUCACAGAUAUAAAUGAUAACACCCCAAUAUUUGAAAAAUCGGACAUGAGGUUUAAAAUAAGUGAAUCUGCAGUAAUAGGAGCAAAAUUCUUGUUAGAGAGAGCAAUAGAUCCCGAUGUUGGCACGAAUGGUCUACAGAGCUAUUUUCUGACUAAAACCGAAAAUUUUGUUCUGAAAUUAAAAGAUCAGCCAGAUGGAGAAAAAACAGUUGAAAUGAUUUUACAAAAGUCACUUGAUAGAGAAAAACAGGAGGAGAUAUUUCUAGUGUUAACUGCGGUUGACGGAGGGGAACCAAGCCUAUCUGGCACGGCACAGAUACAUGUCACAGUGCUUGAUGUCAAUGACAAUGCACCUGUUUUUACAAAGACUGAUCAUAGAGCUACAAUACCUGAGAAUGCCCCUAAAGGUACAGUUAUAACCAAGGUCAGUGCUUCAGAUGCUGAUAAAGGGCAAAACUCCAAGGUUACUUAUUCAAUAUCCAACACAGCUGCAGAUGUACGAGGUAUGUUUGAAAUUGAUGAAUUAAACGGGGAUUUGAUCUCAAAAAGUAUGGUAGAUUAUGAAAAGGCACGCUACUAUCAAAUACACGUCCAAGCCAGUGAUGAAGGGGGGCUGACAGAUUCAUGUAAGAUUACGGUUGAAGUAAUAGACAUGAAUGAUAACAAGCCAGUUAUUAAUAUAAUGUCACAGACUAAUGUAGUUUCCGAGGACUCCAAACCAUCAACAGUUGUGACUAUGGUAAAUGUUCAGGACCUAGAUUCCGGAGAUAAUGGCAAGGUUCACUGCGCAAUAAAUGAACAUAUUCCUGUUACGUUGAAGCCAACGUCAAAUAUGUUUUUUAAUCUAUUGAUAGACAGUGAUUUAGACAGAGAGACCGCCUCUGAGUAUAAUAUAACUGUGACCUGCUCUGAUGAGGGAGUGCCCUCCUCUCCAGCAGCGUCACUCUCACCUUACAGAUCUCUGAUGUGAAUGAUAACGCGCCUGUUUGA